UGGACAAGAGGGGUAAUUGAGUUUGAGAGAUCGGGUAACAAUGUCGGGAGCACAAGGAGCAGAGCCGAUGGGGUCAAGAACUGCUACGACGUAUGAGUCGGUGGAAGGAGGACAAAACAAGACGAAGCUUGAUUUAAAGUCAAAGGAUGACGAAGGUGGGAUUCAAGUUGACAAGCUUCAAGAUAAGGUCUCUGAUGCUGCUGGUCUUGGUGGACCUGUCUUUGGUGCUGGUAAAGAUGACAAGAAGCAGGAUCUUGGUGUUACCGGUACCGGCUAGAUCUCUGUAAAAUAUGUGCAUAUGCGGUCUUUUCUAGUCAUGUAAUGUUAAAACUAAUCAAUAAAAGCGUUUCUGAGACAACGAUGAAACCUGACAUAUU